UGGUUUAGUUGAAGUGUGUCCGUCAUAGCGUUUGGUCGUGUAUUUUAUUCCGUUCCGCAAUUUUGUGCUGGUUGUGUGCUCAGAAAAGUGAAAACCGCAACAAAAAAUAAAACCAUUACCACUUCGGGCCUAUGCAUUAUUAUAUUUGCUCGUUGAAAAGAGAGCGGGAGCGCAUGUAAAAGCCCGCUCACAUAACACGACAAACCAUUAACAAAUAUAUAAUUGCGUAGAGAGCGUUCGGCAUAGCUGCAAUAUGAAAAACAUAAUGCUAACAAACCCCAUGCAUUGCUGCAAUAUGAGUGGGGGAGUGUCGUCUACAUGAAAACUAAAGUGAAUUAUUUAUAUAUUUCAAUAAAUUAAAUGCGCUAUAUUGACGUUGAGACAAUAUUUGAAUUAAAGUGCUCGAAAAAAAUAUUUUCUACGUUUUUGGCGACUUUUAUUUAAGCAUACAUAAAUAUGGCAUGUUUGCACACCAGCAACGUUGGUCCUUAAGCUCCCGCAUACAGGUGCUUGACCCAAUUGUUGUAUAUCAUCAAUAAAAUACAAACACAUUACAAAACAAAAAGAGCAAAAAAACUUAUUUUACACAAAACCAAAAAGCAGCAGAAAAAAAUUUAGCUGCUUUUUAAUACACAGUGUUGAUUUCUGCAUUUCUGUUCGUUCGCACAUUUGAGUUACACACUUUUGUUGUUUCUCUCUCUUUGUUCUCCCGUUUAUGUAUUUUCUUCUGCUUUGUUCAAUUUGUUGCUCAUUGUGUUUCUGUGAAGUGAAGUAUUUAUAAGUUGUAAAGCGAAUGCAAAUCGAACAGAACUGACUCGACUAUGCUGCAUGCAAACUUUUAAGUUAUUUCAAUUGAAUUUUUCGUUGAACGAUGGAUCGUCGUGGAUUGAAGUUUAUUUCGAAAAGAACGGAUAUUGAAAGCGACGUCGUCACACAUCCAACGCCUACCAACGUCUACUUACCUACUCAGCCAUUGAAGGAUAACUCGAAUAUUAGGAUUAUCAGAGUGAAUUCGGAGUACACACAGUCAGUGGAUAGCACAACAGCUGCAUUAAAACAACAGCAACAGCAACAACAACAAGCGAACACCACCACUACAACUACCACAAACAAUAGUGUUCAUACACACAUAAGCAACAAUAAUAACAACAACAAUAACAAUAGCAACGUAAAUUCUCACAAAAACAACGAACGCCCACUCAAGUGCCUGGAAACACUCGCACAAAAGGCGGGCAUUACAUUUGACGAGAAAUACGAUUUCGCCAGUCCACCAUAUCCGGAUACGCAUAUUAGUAGCGCUAGCAACAACAACACUCAUAAUAUCAACAUCAGCUAUAAGCAGCACCCCUUAGGUAGCAGUGGUGGCGUUUCGUCAUCAACAUCAACAUCAUCGGCUGCCACAGCAACAACAUCUACAUCCAUACCAUCCUCUACAUCGUCGACGUUUGUCAGCUCCUCGACAACGGUCGCUAUAAGCAAUACAACAGCGCCGCCAAACAACGUAGCAACGCAUAAAAACUUCACGCUGGAGAAAUCACAGAGUCCAGCCCAACAGGUGGCGCCCUCAUCGGUGCCACUGCAAAUCUCACCCGAACAAUUGCAGCAGUUGCAACAAUUGCAAUUGCAACAUGGCUCACCGUUCGCCACCAUACAGGUGAAACAGGAAUUUCCCACACACACUGCCACCACACAUCAGUUGAGCGCCGCCGGCGCUGCGGGCGAACUAAAGCAUGCCGGCCUACUCGAUCCCACGCAAGCAAAUCAACUGCAACAAAUGCAAAUGCAGUUGGCCGAUCCAACGGCCGGCGCACCGGGCAGUCCGGCUAAUCAGCAAACACCGAGCAGCGCUGCGGCUGCUGUUGCCGCUAUGCAACAACAACACUCGACCACCAUAAGCACCAUGUCGCCGAUGCAGUUGACCGGUCAGGUGUUGGGCGAUUGGGCGCAGGGACGCACCGUGCAGCUGAUGCCGCAGCAGACGGCGCUCAAUUCGGGUUUCAUCUAUCCACAGCUGGUCUCUGGCAAUUUGAUACACUCCAAUUUGGGUCAGCAGCCGAUACAGGUUAUUGCCAGCAAGCCGUUUCAAGGUGGCACGCCGCAAAUGAUCACGACCACCACACAGAAUGCCAAGCAAAUGAUUGGCGGCAAUGCCGGUUUCCCCAACACUUAUGCGAUCCCGUCCAGCCAGUCACCGCAGGCGCUGCUCUUUACGCCGGUGCUUGCGCAGUCGCCGCAGCAGCAACAGAACCUUUUCAAUUCCAUGGUAGCCUCAGCCGCCAAUGCACAACAGCAGCAGCAGCAACAACAACAGCAGCAACAGCAAGCACAAAACGUCAAAGCCACAACCGAUGCGCAGAAGAGUCUGCAGCAGAAAGUGGUGCAAAAGGUGACCACCACCACGAACACCGUGCAAUCGGCAACGGGCACUGCUGGUGGCGUGGCACAGCAGCAACAGCAACAGUCGACCCAACAGUGUGUACAGGUGUCACAAGCGACCAUGCCGACGCAGAUUAUUAGCCCGUUGCAGGGCGCCACCGGCACACAGCAAAUGCAAAUUGGUCCUUGGGUGCCGUUCUGGCAGAAUCCGAUCAUAAUACGCGGCACACAGCCGGACGGCACGCAGAGCAUGUUCAUCCAGCAGCCGGCAUCACAUCAAACCAUACAGGCGCAACAGCAAAAUCCGAUUACUUUGCAGUGCAACGUCGCACAGCCUGCCGCAAAGCCGCGUCAACAAAUCGAAGCGCUCGCACCCAAGCAACAACAAAGCCACCAGCAACAAGCCCAGCAGCAGCAGCAACAAACGGCUCAAGCCGUCGUAGCUGCACAACUGCAACAGCAAGCGAUCACUGCUAGCCAAUUGCAACAGCAAGUGGCACAACGCGUACCGCAAAUACUGCCACAGAAUGGCGGACAAAUACGUCCGGCCAGUUCGGUGUCGACACAAACGGCGCAGAAUCAGAGUUUGCUGAAGAAGAUGCGCACCAAGCAGCAACCCGUACGGCCGGCGCUGCCGACGAUGAAGACUGAAAACGGCCAGCCGCAGCAGGUGAAAGCGCAAACGGUCGCCACAGCGGCGGGACUGCAGCAACAGGGCGCCACCAUGCAUCAGGUUGUGACGCCGGCGGGCAAGAUGGUUGUGAUGAGCACCGGCCCGUCGAUAACCAUACAAAAUGGCCAGGCCAUACAGCAGACCACCACGACGGGGCAUGUGGAUAAGCAACAGCAACAGCAGCAACAACAACAGAUACAAAUACAACAAAUGCAGAAACAGCAGCAGCAGCAACAACAAGCGCUGCUACAACAACAUUUACUGCAGCAGCAAUUCGCCUCGGCUAUACAAAUGCAACAACAGCAGCAGCAACAACAGCAAUUGCAGCAGCAACAGCAGCCACAACAAAUACAGCUGCAGGUGGCACCGCAAACAUUCAUAACACAGCAGCAGCAGCAACAGGCGCAACAACAACAGCAACAGCUACAAACACAACUGUUGCAACAGCAAUUGGUGCAACAACAACAGCAGCAGCAACAACAGCAGCAACAACAACAACAGCAGCAGCGUGAGCAGCAGCAACAGCAACAGCAAAAUAUAAUACAUCAAAUUGUUGUACAACAACAGCCGCAGCAAGCACAGGCUCAAGCGCAUCAACAGCAGCCACAACAACAACAGACGCACCUACCAACACAAAUCGCCGGCGUACCAUUUUCGGUGUCCUCCUCAACACCAUCGAGCAUCGCAUCGUCUGCGGCCGCCGCAUUGCAACAACACGCUGUCUAUCAGUCGAAAGCUUCGACACUGCCGACCACUUCGGUGGUGACUAUUACGAAUCAGGCUGGCCCACUGGUGACCAGCACCAUUGGUAUUAAUCAGACUGCACAACUGCAACAGCAGCAACAACAACAGCAGCAAAGUUUGCUGGCAGCCUCGCUUGCUGCUUCGCAACAACAACAAGCGCAACAACAUGCACAGCAACAAGCGCAACAGCAGGCACAGCAGCAGCAUCAACAACAGCAACAACAAGCUCAAGCUUUAGCACAACAACAAGCGCAGCAGCAACAACAACAACAGCAAAAUCAAAUGGCGCCACCAGCCGCUCAACCGCUGCCGCAGCCCAGCAUUGUUUCCACACCCACACAGAGUCCACUGCUCGGCCUCACUUCCAUGAUGAACGCAUCCAUGGGUGGCCUACAGUCCUCACCGGUGACUUCAACAGCAACAGCAGCGGCCACUAUGGCAUCACCGAUAAAUAGUGGCGCAGGCGCUGGUGUGACAGCUGUGUCCUCGCUACCCGGCACGCCAAUUAAAACGCUCUCGAACGAACAACAGCAGCAACAACAACAACUGCAGCAACAACAUCAACUGCAACAGCAAUACAAAAACGCUUUAGCCGCUCAGUCGCAAGCACAUAUAGUGGUGGGCAGCAUUGCCUCCGAGGCGAAUCGCACAAUGCAAGUCACAUCGGCCACCAUAGCGGCCAACAGCAAUCAAAUGAUACAUUUGAAUAACGCCAACGCAGCGAAUGCAACUGCAGCGGCGGCGGCAGCAGAAUUGAAGGAAGCCGCAGCCAAAACAGCCAUGGAAGCGCCGAAAGUAGCUACGCCUCAGCAACAAACGGUUGAGCCAACAUCGGCCAGUUCCACCACCACCACCGGUGCGACACAACAGCAACAACAAACGGCAGCUAAUAAUGCUACCAACGGCGGCAACUCUGCAGCAGCAACCACUGCCAAUCAAGCGAACGCAGAAGCGGCUAAAGCUGCAAGUGCUAUGGACACUACGCCGGCGCCAACAACGCCAACCACACCCACCACUACCGCUGCAUCGCCAACGAAAAGUGUCGCGAAUGUGACAUCCCUUACCCAGUCCACUACACCAUCGCCAACCAAAGGUGCUCGCAAUGACAACGCCAAAACAGCCAACACUGAGGCAGAAAAGUCUGCUGCCGCCGCAUCUUCUACAAACGACGAUGGCAAUACUCAAGUUGUUAAAUCCAACAAUGCAAUCUCAAUGUCUAAGAAUAUGUCCAGCAUGGCAAACAUUAAAGUGGAAAAGGACCUACCCAAAGCCAUGAUCAAGCCCAAUGUGCUGACCCACGUCAUCGAAGGUUUAUUGAUAAAGGAAGCCGACGAACCGUUCCCGGUGACACGACAGCGUUACACCGAUAAGGACACCGAGGACGAGCCGCCCAAGAAAAAGAUAUCUUUGGAUGAAGAGACGCACAACGCGAUCAACCAAACCAACGGUGUCAGUGCGUUACCGCCCGAUAUGGUCGCCUGCGAGCAAUGCGGCAAACCCGAACACAAAACGAAACUGAAGAAGAAACGCUUCUGUUCGCUAACAUGCGCACGCCAAUCGAAGGCAUCGAUGAACGAGCAACCAACCGAGGCGCCAACGCAGAGUAACAACAGCGUCAGCGCCGCCAGCAACCAGCAAAACAAUGCCGAACAAAUGUUGUCCAACAACAGCAAGAACGCCAACGAGAUCUCCAGUAUUAGCAGCAACACAAAUGAAGCGCCGGCGCCAGAGAAAAUGCAAACGGACCAAAUUCCCUCCGCGCCGAUUACAGGCUACAGCAAUAAUGUGGCCGCCAACAACAAACACGAAAAUGCCGCGCUCGUUGCAGCUGAAGCGCAGCACGCGGCAAAUGUGGCUGCCGCAGCCAAUGCGGCGGCGGUCGCCACAGCUGCUGCUACCGCCAACGCCACGGCAGCCGGCAAUGCCAGCGCUGCGACAGCACAAGCGUCCGCUGCUGCACCCGCGGAACGACCCGCCAUGGCCGAUUGGAGCGUGGCUGAGGUGUGCGAGUUCAUACGCCACCUGCCCGGCUGCACGGACUACGUUGAUGACUUCGAGCAGCAGGAGAUCGACGGUCAGGCGUUGAUGUUGCUCAAGGAGAAUCAUCUGGUGAAUGCGAUGGGCAUGAAGUUGGGGCCGGCGCUGAAGAUCGUCGCCAAGGUGGAGUCGAUGAAGGAGCAGGCGCCAGCGCCGAAUGCUGAGAAAGAGCUGCAGCAGUAGAGGCGGCGUCUGAAGUGUGUAAAUAAAUUUUGUGAGGCGUUAAUUUAAUUGAGAAUUUAGCAUAGGCGGCGACAACUAAUUGAUAAGUAGGCUUUGUACAUAAAAUUUAGCGGAAACUGAAAAGUGUGGUUAACUGUAAAAGGAGAACUUAAAUUUAAAUGGCUUAAACUUUUUAAUUUCCUACUAAGGCAACGUGAAUUUCUGCUACUCGUAUUGUGUGGCGGCAAAGAAAGUUGAAUUAUUUACACGGCAUAAAUUGGAUUAACUGUUUUUUGGAGUAUUUGCGCUAUUUUGUUGAAUCAUAUCUUUUAUUAUACGAAAGUACAGUUUUUAUUAUUAUAUAAUUCUACUUUAUUUUUGUUCCACUUCCUUUUAAUCGCGAAAUUAGUGAAUUUAGUGCUUAAGUUCUAUUAAAAAAGUUAAUAUAAGUAAACUUUAGGUUUAGCGCUGUGUUUUGCAUGCGCGGGAGACGCCCUGGCACACAUUGAGUUGUGGAUAUUUGAGAACUCAGAAACCUACAUAUGUAAACUCAAAGAGUAUUUUUAUUUUUAUUGCCUAUUGCUAUUACAUAAUAACGACUAUGUAAUACUUAAUGUUAGUUUGUAAGCGUGUACAUGUAACUGAAUACUAAUAUAUAAUAUUGCUACUCAAGCAUAUUCGAAUUAAAUAAAUGGCAUUAACUGCAAAUAAGUUUAUGUGAACAUUUCAUAAAAGAA